GAGUUUUUGCGUCAUUUCAUGGCUGGCUUUGGAGCUUGAGCUUGAUUUACUUUUGUUACGAAAGAGAGCUGGGUUUUCUUUGAAAGUGGCGAUUUCUGUCAGAUUACCUUUUAUUUACAUGUCGGCGAUCUUUACUCGGUAAUGUUUCGCAAAGUGAUUAUAAUUGCGACAAAGUGAUAAUGUUUUGGAUUUAUUAGGUGCAAAAUCUGCCAAAACAAAAUGAACGACGGGGAUUGGAUUUGCGGCGAUCCAAAUUGCGGUAAUAUAAAUUUUGCACGUCGUUCCUCAUGUUACCGUUGCAAUAAAGAAAGACCCGAAGCAGCGAAACCAUGUAAAAAGAAACUCGGAACGGAGAUUGGAAAAUCUGCAGCGGAAAAGUCUCGGGGGCUUUUCAAUGCCGACGACUGGCAGUGCAAUAAAUGUGCUAAUGUGAACUGGGCCCGGCGCCCAACUUGCAAUGUGUGCAAUGCGCCAAAAUUUGGCGAAGUGGAAGCUCGCACAGGCUACGGCGGAGGAUACAAUGAGCGCGGUGUGGUGGAGUACCGAAGACGUGAAUCUUCAUCAGAAGAUGAGUUUGAUGAGUUUGGACGAAGGAAACGGAAGCGACUACUAAACUCUGAUGAUAAGGUUGGCAUCACUGAAGGACCAGUUAACAAAAUUUUGCCACCAACAUUGCUGCAGAAGGGAAUAAAAAUGGACCCUGUAAAGCCAGUGCCAGCGCCAACUGAUUCAUUGCAGGCUAAAAAACAAAAACGCAAAAUCAAUGGUAGUCUUAGUGAUGGUUCAGUGUGUGAUCAUCCUCCACCAAAAAGAUUUGUACCCAAGAGAAAUAACAAUAUCCCUUAUCAUUACAACUCAAGGAGAACAAUGAUACCACAAAACUUUAACAAUCACUUUAGAAAUAAUGGUUUCCAACGUAAAAGAUUUCCUAGCAUGGGUGACAAAGAUCAUACUGGAUCGUCUGGGUACGAAACUGGUUCCAAAAGGGGCAGAAAUGCCUUUAAAUCUAAUAACCCAGUAAUGGAAAAUAGAGUUUCAUCCACAAACAAUGUGGUCUACAAGUUCACAGGGCCUACACCAGCUGAAGACUUUGAAGUUACUUAUACAGUUAAAGAAAGAGUAACAGCAGCUGCCUUUGCUAUUGUGUAUCACAAUUGCAAAGUGAGUACUCAAAAAUUUGAGGAAUUGUAUGACAAACCUGCACCUGACUUUAAAACUAUCUUUGCAUGGAGACAAAGGCUGUUACAAACAGGAUGCUUAGUUGAUGGACACUUAGAAAUGCCAAAAACAGAUGUGGAAAAGUCUGUGCCUGCUGUAACUAGUGUGUGCACUAACAGACCAAAGAUUACAGAAAGGCUACCAAAUCCUGAAGAAAUUCCUUUAUCUUCUGAUUGUGAGGAUGAACAUCCUCAACCAUCAUUAGAGAAACAUUCUUCUUUUGUUGGAAGUGACAAAAAUGAAAGUGUGGAGGUUUUGCAAAACAGUGCAAUCGAAAAUGAAAAUAAAGCUGGCUCAGUAAGCACUGUAGAUGACAGGGGAUCACAUGGAGGUAGUCAUUCAGCUUCAACACACCGUAGGACCAGGUCUAGUUCACGCGACAGUCAAGAUUCUAAUUAUCCAGAUUCUGACAUAGAGAGAACAAACUCUAAAGUUAAGAGGAAAAGCCCAACUAUAAAAUCAAACAAUACAAGACAUUCCAAUAAGGAGUCAUCAGAUUCCGAAUCAGUAUCUUACAAUAGUGAUGAAGUUGAUUUCAGAUCAAGGGUUUUUGGCAACAGAAAAGUCAAACGUAAACAGAAAAAGCAUUCCAUUCCAGUUACGCCAACAAACACAUAUGCACCAAAUGAAAAUCACUCUUAUCAAGGUUAUAGCACUGUUAAACCAAUCGAACAAUCUCCUUUAACUACAGGUAAUAUUUACACAAUGAAUUUACAUAACAUGAGUGUAAAGCAGCACGAUAAUCCUCUUGACACUGAUGGGUGUUCUAUAGAAUAUGUACCUACAAGGAUGGCUGCAACAGCUAAGAAAAAUUAUCAAGAUUUUAAGGACAAUGUUAAGAGAAAAGGAUUUUGGGCUAAAGCAAAUGGAAAUACUUUUGCUAACAACAAAAUAAAGAAUCAAACAGACCUAAAGCCACAGACAAGAAGUAAUUUCAUUACAACACCUAUUGUUGAUAAGGUUAAUAACUAUUUGAGUGAGCCUAGACAGUACAUUUCCACUCCAUGUUCACCAGUUUUAAAUCAAAAUGAAAAUGACUUUACAAAAGAUGAAUUUGAAACAAAUGUCUCAAUUGAUCAAUAUCUGCCAUUUGAUAAACCAUUACAAACAGAAGUACCUUUUAUUAAGCCAUUAAAAACAGAUUUACCUUUUAUUAAGCCAGUAGAAACAAAUUUACCUUUUAUUAAGCCAGUAGAAACAGUACAAAACUGCAAUGUCUCUGUGACACCUGACCUGAAUAACUCAAGUGUGUUUGAGGUGGUGCAGUCAAAUUCCAUGGGCAAAAAUAAAAGCAUUAUGGAUAUUUUCAAUACCAAUGAGACUACAGAAGCCAGUCCUGAAAGAAACAGUGAUUUAGAAAGAUUUGACACACGAAAAACCUAUGAAACUAAAUGGGAUGAAGAUGAUGACGCUCUCUAUAGUACAUCAGAACCAGUUGAUGAUCACCCCACACAAACUCGGUGCACUCCUUCACCUACGAGUGUUGUAUUUGUUCGAACCGAAAGUCCUGUGACAAACAUGUUGUAUGCAACAAGUGAUGAAUGUUCUCCUAGACCGACCAGUACAGUUAACACAGAAUUCAUGAAAGACACUUUGCUAGAUCUAUUAAAAGAUUUGCAGGGUGACAAUGAUUCCAUACUCGGUAACAAUGGCCCGUGUCAUAAGGAUUUAAAUGAAAAUACCAAUGAAAUCUACCAAGUACAACAACAAAUUAAAGUUCCAAGUUUACCAAUAACAAGCAAAGUUCCACCAACUCCAGAACUUAUUCCUAUGGAAAUAGUAGAAGAAAUUAAAUCUAUGGCAAAUGAAAGACCAGAAACGCCUAUUGUUAAUUUCCCUAAAACGAUAAGUCCUUCAAAAAAAGUACACAUUUUGGAAUCUAUAACAAUCAAACCGUCAGACGGUCAAAUAAAUACUGGUGUCAUAAAUAAUGUAGAAAAAGUGAAUGUUCAUAAAUUGCCAGUUGUUAUAGAACAACCUAAACAGAAUGUACUACAGCAAAAUAUAAUGCAGUCUGAAGUCAGUUUACCUGCAAUACAAAGUUCGUCUCAAUUAGAUCUGUCAAAUUUAUUAUCUGGGAUAAAUACAAAUGCUAUUAUGUUAGCUCUACAAAAUUUGCAGCAGUUUACACAACAAUCAACAAAUGAAAAUCCAAACAUAGAUUUAAAUGGUUCAAAUCAGGAUAACCAGGCAUGUGUAACUGAAGUUGUUGAAACAAUAAAUCUAACAAAUGAUGAAUGGGAAAAUGAAUCCAAUCCUGACGAGAGAAUAGAAAGGGAGUUGGAGAAGUUAGAUGGCAACCCAAGUGAUGCUCGUUUUUUGAGCGACAUUUUUGAUCCAGGACCAGUUGUGAUACCAGCGAAUCUGUGUAAAAAUUUAAACAUAAAUCUCAAGUCUACUGAAGAUAAUAAAACUAAAACACAAACACCGCAUUUAAAUGAAAACGCGCCUGUGAUAGGAAACUUUAAAAGUUUUGCCCUACCAAAGCCGAUAAUGUUGAAUAGGUUAAAGUUAGCAGUUAAGCAACCUGAAAAGAGCAGUAAAUCAUGUAAUGGAAAACGAUUAAAAAAAUCGAAAAAGAGUAAAGCAUCUGGUUCUCAAGGAACUGAAGUGGGUGGUGAGGAAGAGGACGAGGAAGAAUCCGGAGAUGACGCUGACCUCUCUAAGUAUGAUCUGUGGGGCAGCGAUGGGGAACAGGGCAACUCAUCCAAAAUGGAUAACGAAGAGAAAUCCAAUUCUAAUGAAAAUACUAAAGAUGAGAGACAAAGUCUACUGGACAAAAAUGGAAAACCUGAAACAAAAAGUAAAAGAAGAAGCAGUAGUUCAUCGUCAUCAUCGAGUUCGUCUUCAAGUUCCAGUUCGAGUCACAGCUCUGGACCAGACCUACCAGCAAACAAAUUCGACGACUUUAAUCUGAACAGUGAGCGCGAAGGUUCACCGAAGGCGCGCAAGUCUCGGUCUCGUUCCCGCUCGCCGCGACCGCGCUCUGGCAGUGCGCCGGCGCGACGCAAGUCGCGCGACAGUCGCUCAGGGGGGGAAUCUAGAUCGUCGCGCGACAACGCGUCACGCGAGAAGUCGCGCGACAGAGAACGACGCGACAGAUCGCGCGGCAGUCGCGAGCGCAAGGAGCGCCGCUACAGUCGCGAUGGCAACAACCACUACAGCGCGCGGGGUCGACACCGCUAGCAUGUACAAUGUUCUACAAUCUCGCCAGAACGGAGUGACGAUCCAAACGGAUUAUAAAACAUUAAUUAUGUACUAUAUUAUAGUAAAUAACUGUAAAAAUUACGUGUAAUUUAGCUUUUGAUCCUUCAAAUAUCAGUAGUGAUACUGUUUGAGUUUGCAUUGCAUGCAUAUUUCUUUGUAUGUUUGUAGGAAAUAUUUUUAAUUAGGCCAAUGCGGCUAAUUUGUAAUGUAACUUUUAUGUAUUUAAACUAAAAAUAUCACUUACAACAUUUUUAAGUAUAACAGUAAUGUAAAUAGUAUGAUUUUAGCAUACAAUGUUAUGUCAACUGUUUAUAUUAUUUUUGUAUUACCAACUGGCGUAAAAUAUGUCAGAGAAUAUUCUUUCAGCAGCUGUGAGUGUUUACGUACAACAUGCGGGAGCGGGAGCGGGCGCGGAGGCGGGCGCGGUUGACUAGGUGUGCUAGUGUUGACGUUUGGGGGAAUGUGACGUGCGUGUGUUCGUGCGUGCGUGUGUGCGUGUGUUCGUGCGUGUGUGUGUGUGUAAGUAUGUUUGUUCCUCCCUCCUUUACGCUGCGGCUACUAAAGCGAUUUGGCUGAAAAAGGAAAUAGAUUUUACUCUGGAUUAAACACUACUGUUUAUCCCGGAAAAAUCCAUGGUUCCCGCGGGAUAUGUGAAAAACGGACUCCCAUGCGGAUGAGGUCGCGGGCGUCCGCUACUAAAUAAAUCAAAAACAUCAAAAAUAAUUUAGAAUUCACAAUUGUUGACAUUUUUAAAUGUGUAUUUUUGUUGUUGUGUGUUGUGUUGAUUGAUAAAUGACACUGAUUUGGACAUUGUGAUGGUUCAUUCUCACGUGUUUUUUGGACGUGAGCACUUGCGCAUUGUGACGUGUGUUUUAUAUUUUGUGACCGCGCCCGCGUGCCAAUGUGAACAACCUUAGCUAUUAAAACUUGAAAAAUAUUAUCAGCAUCAUGAAAGUACAUGGUUUACAAUUUUACAUUGUUGUUAUAUUAAGGAAAGCUAGAAAUACAUUACAAAACAUUGGCCUUUAAAUAACAUUUUAAGCGGCAGCAUAUAUUUCUUAAUUCCCUUUUAUCAUGAUACUUAGAUAUUUUGAAUACAUAAAUGCGUAAAAUAUGAUAUAGGUAUCUGUGUUAUAUCGACAAAUUGUGUUUAAUUAUUUUUAUUUGACAUUAUCCUUGACAAUUUUGCGCUGAAAAAGUUUGCAAGCGAAUUUUAGUAAUUGAUCGAAUUUAUUUCUUUUGGAAAGUCAAAAUGGUUGACCGUGUAAAUAAUAUGCCAAUUCCUUUAAACCGGCCCGGUUUAGCCCGAAAUUGCCAGAAAAAAAAAGUGUUUUUUUGUUUUUAAUUUUUUUUAGUUUAUUUCCUACAAAUACCGACUUCUAAACAAUGUUUAUUCAAAAAACAAUUACGUUUUUUUAAUAUUGCAUUAUAAAAUGCACUUUUAUUUUGACUGUGUAUACAUUUUAAGGAUGAAACUAUGGAAUCGUUUUAACGCCUUUCUUAAGUUAGAAUUUCAUUUUUAUGUUUUUUACGACAUCUACAAACUAAGGGCAAUUAGUUUAGAUAAGUAUUGUAGAGCUUUUUCAAAAUGUCAACGCAUUAAGUAAAAAUGUCCACGUGCUUUUUGUAUAAAUAAAGUUUUAUUAAAUAAUUUCCGCUGUUUAGAUAAAAAUGAAAACUUAUGUGAUUUAAUUUAACGACUUGUAAAUAAUAGAAUUUCUUUGUAUUAACGUGUAGGUUUGUCUCUUUAGGCAUAUAUUUGUUUUUUUUUGGCGUACCUACUUUUGAAGUCACGCUUAUGUUAUUCUUUAGGUUGACUAUAUAGACGGGCUAUAUUUGAACAGCAAUAUUCACUUACUAUAUAUGAAGUUGUAGCUUUUGCAUAUAUGAUAAAAAUCGUUAAUUGUGAUCAUCUGUAUUACUAACUGACCCGAAAUAGUUCUGCAGCCUGCCACAGACUUUUCUAAUUAUGCAUUUAAACAUACAUAUAAAAAGUCCUGAAUCACAUCUGUCUGUCUAUUCGCAAUAAACUCGAAGACUACUGAAGGGAUAGAUAUGCAGUUUUCAGUAAUAGUAAAUUAUAUAUCUAGUCAGGAUUUUGUGUAAAUUGUUGAAAUUAUAACGAAAAUAGUUGGAAUUGUUGGCAAAAGAAUCUGGUAACUUACGUAAAAUACGCUGCUGAAUCCCUGAAUAUUUUUCUUUUGUAAAUCAACCAAAAAGUCCGCGAAGAUUUUCGCGACGCGGAGAAUUCAUGACUUAUGAUAUGACAUGAUAGACUAUGGACACAAAUAGGACAUUAAAUUAAAUUAACUAAAUUGUAGUCAGUUUGAACGGCAGUCCAGGAUCCGUGGAGCAUUUUUUCUGUUACUAGCCAGACUUUUUUACUGUUGCCUAAAUAAUAGUAUUACAACUCAACAGCCACAAUGUCCUACAAAUUGCGUGGUACAUUAUCUCAUUCCGACACUCACAAAUUGUUAUUACCUGGUAACCCAGUUAGCUACCAGAAUCAAGAAUUUUCUUAAAUAAAUAAUUUGAGCGUCUCAUCAAGGUGAAGCUACUUACGGAAAAUUAACUUGAUAGUAAUCAAUUGUAAAAAUUUUCAACGGAUCCUGGGCUAUUACCUAGUAACUCUAUUCUAGAUGGUUUUCAAUCUCGAUAAUUAUGUAUCUAACGGUUGAAACAAUCUUACGAUGACAUGUACUUAUAAUGAUGAGUUGCAUAAUGCAAUGAACAUCCUCUGCAAUAUACUUAACUGAAUUUGUCCAAAUAUAGCUCGUUUAUACAGUAAUUGUGUUUAGGUCUAUAACUAAGGUGAACUAUAUAUGGUAAUUGAUUUACCAAUAAAAUCCGUUUAAACAAA